AUGGCGUCCUCUGUAAGAAACCUCCGUCAAGAGCCUGAACUUCCGGCGACCGACGCCGUAACCGUCAACAAAUCCGGAGAAGGCUACGACGACGACGACGGCGAUCUUCCAGUUCUGAGCUCUCAUGCUCUGGAGGCGCUCAAGGAGUUCAUCGCCGAGCAGAGCCGGGAUCUCGCCGCCGCGGACGAUGCGGAGGAUGUGGCGCUGGUGGCGGAGGACUGGCGGCUCAGCCAAUUCUGGUACGACCGCCGCACGGCGGAAACCGUCGCCACCGAAGUUGCCGCCCUCUGCGAGACACUCUCUUCGCCACGCGUCUCGUGCAUUGCCUGCCCCACGCUGUACGCGUAUUUCAAGAAAAUUGCUCCGGGAGUGCCGGCACAGCUUCUUGAAUAUGAUAAAAGGUUUGAGCAAUUCGGUACUGAGUUCACUUUCUAUGAUUAUAACCGACCUGAGGAUCUUCCAUCACCAUUGAAGAACUCGUUUCCAAUAGUAGUUGCAGAUCCUCCUUACCUGAGCGAGGAGUGCUUGGAAAAGAUAGCCGAAACAAUUAGAUUUCUGUCGAGUCCCGGAGAAUCUUACAUACUAUUACUUACAGGUGAGGUGCAAAAGGAUUUGGCUGCAGAGGUUUUAGGCUUGCGCCCGUGUGGUUUUCGGCCUCAGCAUUCGAGCAAACUCGGCAACGAGUUUCGGCUUUUUACCAGUUAUGAUCCCGGGUCAAGGCUCGGUGGGUGGGAAAACGAAUUAUAA